AUGGGGGGUGUGAAGGCCUGGAGGGCAUUGGGAAGGAAAGGAAAGGUGAAGGGAGGAAGUGGCAAUUCACCUGCCGCCCCUCUCACCUGCCGCCCCUCUCACCUGCCGCCCCUCUCACCUGCCGCCCCUCUCACCUGCCGCCCCUCUCACCUGCCGCCCCUCUCACCUGCCGCCCCUCUCACCUGCCGCCCCUCUCACCUGCCGCCCCUCUCACCUGCCGCCCCUCUCACCUGCCGCCCCUCUCACCUGCCGCCCCUCUCACCUGCCGCCCCUCUCACCUGCCGCCCCUCUCACCUGCCGCCCCUCUCACCUGCCGCCCCUCUCACCUGCCGCCCCUCUCACCUGCCGCCCCUCUCACCUGCCGCCCCUCUCACCUGCCGCCCCUCUCACCUGCCGCCCCUCUCACCUGCCGCCCCUCUCACCUGCCGCCCCUCUCACCUGCCGCCCCUCUCACCUGCCGCCCCUCUCACCUGCCGCCCCUCUCACCUGCCGCCCCUCUCACCUGCCGCCCCUCUCACCUGCCGCCCCUCUCACCUGCCGCCCCUCUCACCUGCCGCCCCUCUCACCUGCCGCCCCUCUCACCUGCCGCCCCUCUCACCUGCCGCCCCUCUCACCUGCCGCCCCUCUCACCUGCCGCCCCUCUCACCUGCCGCCCCUCUCACCUGCCGCCCCUCUCACCUGCCGCCCCUCUCACCUGCCGCCCCUCUCACCUGCCGCCCCUCUCACCUGCCGCCCCUCUCACCUGCCGCCCCUCUCACCUGCCGCCCCUCUCACCUGCCGCCCCUCUCACCUGCCGCCCCUCUCACCUGCCGCCCCUCUCACCUGCCGCCCCUCUCACCUGCCGCCCCUCUCACCUGCCGCCCCUCUCACCUGCCGCCCCUCUCAGCUGCCGCCCCUCUCAGCUGCCCCCCUCUCAGCUGCCCCCCUCUCAGCUGCCGCCCCUCUCAGCUGCCGCCCCUCUCACCUGCCGCCCCUCUCACCUGCCGCCCCUCUCACCUGCCGCCCCUCUCACCUGCCGCCCCUCUCACCUGCCGCCCCUCUCACCUGCCGCCCCUCUCACCUGCCGCCCCUCUCACCUGCCGCCCCUCUCACCUGCCGCCCCUCUCACCUGCCGCCCCUCUCACCUGCCGCCCCUCUCACCUGCCGCCCCUCUCACCUGCCGCCCCUCUCCCCUGCCGCCCCUCUCGGCUGCCGCCCCUCUCAGCUGCCGCCCCUCUCACCUGCCGCCCCUCUCACCUGCGCCCUCUCACCUGCCGCCCCUCUCACCUGCCGCCCCUCUCACCUGCCGCCCCUCUCACCUGCCGCCCCUCUCACCUGCCGCCCCUCUCACCUGCCGCCCCUCUCAACUGCCGCCCCUCUCAGCUGCCGCCCCUCUCAGCUGCCGCCCCUCUCACCUGCCGCCCCUCUCAGCUGCCGCCCCUCUCAGCUGCCGCCCCUCUCACCUGCCGCCCCUCUCACCUGCCGCCCCUCUCACCUGCCGCCCCUCUCACCUGCCGCCCCUCUCACCUGCCGCCCCUCUCACCUGCCGCCCCUCUCACCUGCCGCCCCUCUCACCUGCCGCCCCUCUCACCUGCCGCCCCUCACCUGCCGCCCCUCUCACCUGCCGCCCCUCUCACCUGCCGCCCCUCUCACCUGCCGCCCCUCUCACCUGCCGCCCCUCUCACCUGCCGCCCCUCUCACCUGCCGCCCCUCUCAGCUGCCGCCCCUCUCAGCUGCCGCCCCUCUCAGCUGCCGCCCCUCUCAGCUGCCGCCCCUCUCACCUGCCGCCCCUCUCACCUGCCGCCCCUCUCACCUGCCGCCCCUCUCAGCUGCCGCCCCUCUCACCUGCCGCCCCUCUCAGCUGCCGCCCCUCUCACCUGCCGCCCCUCUCACCUGCCGCCCCUCUCACCUGCCGCCCCUCUCACCUGCCGCCCCUCUCAGCUGCCGCCCCUCUCAGCUGCCGCCCCUCUCAGCUGCCGCCCCUCUCAGCUGCCGCCCCUCUCAGCUGCCGCCCCUCUCAGCUGCCGCCCCUCUCAGCUGCCGCCCCUCUCACCUGCCGCCCCUCUCACCUGCCGCCCCUCUCACCUGCCGCCCCUCUCACCUGCCGCCCCUCUCACCUGCCGCCCCUCUCACCUGCCGCCCCUCUCACCUGCCGCCCCUCUCACCUGCCGCCCCUCUCACCUGCCGCCCCUCUCACCUGCCGCCCCUCUCACCUGCCGCCCCUCUCACCUGCCGCCCCUCUCACCUGCCGCCCCUCUCACCUGCCGCCCCUCUCACCUGCCGCCCCUCUCACCUGCCGCCCCUCUCACCUGCCGCCCCUCUCACCUGCCGCCCCUCUCACCUGCCGCCCCUCUCACCUGCCGCCCCUCUCACCUGCCGCCCCUCUCACCUGCCGCCCCUCUCACCUGCCGCCCCUCUCAGCUGCCGCCCCUCUCAGCUGCCGCCCCUCUCACCUGCCGCCCCUCUCACCUGCCGCCCCUCUCAGCUGCCGCCCCUCUCAGCUGCCGCCCCUCUCAGCUGCCCCCCCUCUCAGCUGCCGCCCCUCUCAGCUGCCGCCCCUCUCACCUGCCGCCCCUCUCACCUGCCGCCCCUCUCACCUGCCGCCCCUCUCACCUGCCGCCCCUCUCACCUGCCGCCCCUCUCACCUGCCGCCCCUCUCACCUGCCGCCCCUCUCACCUGCCGCCCCUCUCACCUGCCGCCCCUCUCACCUGCCGCCCCUCUCACCUGCCGCCCCUCUCACCUGCCGCCCCUCUCACCUGCCGCCCCUCUCACCUGCCGCCCCUCUCACCUGCCGCCCCUCUCACCUGCCGCCCCUCUCACCUGCCGCCCCUCUCACCUGCCGCCCCUCUCACCUGCCGCCCCUCUCACCUGCCGCCCCUCUCACCUGCCGCCCCUCUCACCUGCCGCCCCUCUCACCUGCCGCCCCUCUCACCUGCCGCCCCUCUCACCUGCCGCCCCUCUCACCUGCCGCCCCUCUCACCUGCCGCCCCUCUCACCUGCCGCCCCUCUCACCUGCCGCCCCUCUCACCUGCCGCCCCUCUCACCUGCCGCCCCUCUCACCUGCCGCCCCUCUCACCUGCCGCCCCUCUCACCUGCCGCCCCUCUCACCUGCCGCCCCUCUCACCUGCCGCCCCUCUCACCUGCCGCCCCUCUCACCUGCCGCCCCUCUCACCUGCCGCCCCUCUCACCUGCCGCCCCUCUCACCUGCCGCCCCUCUCACCUGCCGCCCCUCUCACCUGCCGCCCCUCUCACCUGCCGCCCCUCUCACCUGCCGCCCCUCUCACCUGCCGCCCCUCUCACCUGCCGCCCCUCUCCCUGCCCCCUCUCACCUGCCGCCCCUCUCACCUGCCGCCCCUCUCACCUGCCGCCCCUCUCAGCUGCCGCCCCUCUCAGCUGCCGCCCCUCUCAGCUGCCCCCCCUCUCAGCUGCCGCCCCUCUCAGCUGCCGCCCCUCUCACCUGCCGCCCCUCUCACCUGCCGCCCCUCUCACCUGCCGCCCCUCUCACCUGCCGCCCCUCUCACCUGCCGCCCCUCUCACCUGCCGCCCCUCUCACCUGCCGCCCCUCUCACCUGCCGCCCCUCUCACCUGCCGCCCCUCUCACCUGCCGCCCCUCUCACCUGCCGCCCCUCUCACCUGCCGCCCCUCUCACCUGCCGCCCCUCUCCCCCUGCCGCCCCUCUCGGCUGCCGCCCCUCUCAGCUGCCGCCCCUCUCACCUGCCGCCCCUCUCACCUGCCGCCCCUCUCACCUGCCGCCCCUCUCACCUGCCGCCCCUCUCACCUGCCGCCCCUCUCACCUGCCGCCCCUCUCACCUGCCGCCCCUCUCAACUGCCGCCCCUCUCAGCUGCCGCCCCUCUCAGCUGCCGCCCCUCUCACCUGCCGCCCCUCUCAGCUGCCGCCCCUCUCAGCUGCCGCCCCUCUCACCUGCCGCCCCUCUCACCUGCCGCCCCUCUCACCUGCCGCCCCUCUCACCUGCCGCCCCUCUCACCUGCCGCCCCUCUCACCUGCCGCCCCUCUCACCUGCCGCCCCUCUCACCUGCCGCCCCUCUCACCUGCCGCCCCUCACCUGCCGCCCCUCUCACCUGCCGCCCCUCUCACCUGCCGCCCCUCUCACCUGCCGCCCCUCUCACCUGCCGCCCCUCUCACCUGCCGCCCCUCUCACCUGCCGCCCCUCUCAGCUGCCGCCCCUCUCAGCUGCCGCCCCUCUCAGCUGCCGCCCCUCUCAGCUGCCGCCCCUCUCACCUGCCGCCCCUCUCACCUGCCGCCCCUCUCACCUGCCGCCCCUCUCAGCUGCCGCCCCUCUCACCUGCCGCCCCUCUCAGCUGCCGCCCCUCUCACCUGCCGCCCCUCUCACCUGCCGCCCCUCUCACCUGCCGCCCCUCUCACCUGCCGCCCCUCUCAGCUGCCGCCCCUCUCAGCUGCCGCCCCUCUCAGCUGCCGCCCCUCUCAGCUGCCGCCCCUCUCAGCUGCCGCCCCUCUCAGCUGCCGCCCCUCUCAGCUGCCGCCCCUCUCACCUGCCGCCCCUCUCACCUGCCGCCCCUCUCACCUGCCGCCCCUCUCACCUGCCGCCCCUCUCACCUGCCGCCCCUCUCACCUGCCGCCCCUCUCACCUGCCGCCCCUCUCACCUGCCGCCCCUCUCACCUGCCGCCCCUCUCACCUGCCGCCCCUCUCACCUGCCGCCCCUCUCACCUGCCGCCCCUCUCACCUGCCGCCCCUCUCACCUGCCGCCCCUCUCACCUGCCGCCCCUCUCACCUGCCGCCCCCUCUCACCUGCCGCCCCUCUCACCUGCCGCCCCUCUCACCUGCCGCCCCUCUCACCUGCCGCCCCUCUCACCUGCCGCCCCUCUCACCUGCCGCCCCUCUCACCUGCCGCCCCUCUCAGCUGCCGCCCCUCUCAGCUGCCGCCCCUCUCACCUGCCGCCCCUCUCACCUGCCGCCCCUCUCACCUGCCGCCCCUCUCAGCUGCCGCCCCUCUCAGCUGCCGCCCCUCUCAGCUGCCGCCCCUCUCACCUGCCGCCCCUCUCACCUGCCGCCCCUCUCACCUGCCGCCCCUCUCACCUGCCGCCCCUCUCACCUGCCGCCCCUCUCACCUGCCGCCCCUCUCACCUGCCGCCCCUCUCACCUGCCGCCCCUCUCACCUGCCGCCCCUCUCACCUGCCGCCCCUCUCACCUGCCGCCCCUCUCACCUGCCGCCCCUCUCACCUGCCGCCCCUCUCACCUGCCGCCCCUCUCACCUGCCGCCCCUCUCACCUGCCGCCCCUCUCACCUGCCGCCCCUCUCACCUGCCGCCCCUCUCACCUGCCGCCCCUCUCACCUGCCGCCCCUCUCACCUGCCGCCCCUCUCACCUGCCGCCCCUCUCACCUGCCGCCCCUCUCACCUGCCGCCCCUCUCACCUGCCGCCCCUCUCACCUGCCGCCCCUCUCACCUGCCGCCCCUCUCACCUGCCGCCCCUCUCACCUGCCGCCCCUCUCACCUGCCGCCCCUCUCACCUGCCGCCCCUCUCACCUGCCGCCCCUCUCACCUGCCGCCCCUCUCACCUGCCGCCCCUCUCACCUGCCGCCCCUCUCACCUGCCGCCCCUCUCACCUGCCGCCCCUCUCACCUGCCGCCCCUCUCACCUGCCGCCCCUCUCACCUGCCGCCCCUCUCACCUGCCGCCCCUCUCACCUGCCGCCCCUCUCACCUGCGCCCCUCUCACCUGCCGCCCCUCUCACCUGCCGCCCCUCUCACCUGCCGCCCCUCUCACCUGCCGCCCCUCUCACCUGCCGCCCCUCUCAGCUGCCGCCCCUCUCAGCUGCCGCCCCUCUCACCUGCCGCCCCUCUCACCUGCCGCCCCUCUCACCUGCCGCCCCUCUCACCUGCCGCCCCUCUCACCUGCCGCCCCUCUCACCUGCCGCCCCUCUCACCUGCCGCCCCUCUCACCUGCCGCCCCUCUCAACUGCCGCCCCUCUCAACUGCUGCCCCUCUCAGCUGCCGCCCCUCUCACCUGCCGCCCCUCUCACCUGCCGCCCCUCUCAACUGCCGCCCCUCUCAGCUGCCGCCCCUCUCACCUGCCGCCCCUCUCACCUGCCGCCCCUCUCACCUGCCGCCCCUCUCACCUGCCGCCCCUCUCACCUGCCGCCCCUCUCACCUGCCGCCCCUCUCACCUGCCGCCCCUCUCAGCUGCCGCCCCUCUCAGCUGCCGCCCCUCUCAGCUGCCGCCCCUCUCACCUGCCGCCCCUCUCACCUGCCGCCCCUCUCACCUGCCGCCCCUCUCACCUGCCGCCCCUCUCACCUGCCGCCCCUCUCACCUGCCGCCCCUCUCACCUGCCGCCCCUCUCACCUGCCGCCCCUCUCACCUGCCGCCCCUCUCACCUGCCGCCCCUCUCACCUGCCGCCCCUCUCACCUGCCGCCCCUCUCACCUGCCGCCCCUCUCACCUGCCGCCCCUCUCACCUGCCGCCCCUCUCACCUGCCGCCCCUCUCAGCUGCCCCCCCUCUCAGCUGCCGCCCCUCUCACCUGCCGCCCCUCUCACCUGCCGCCCCUCUCACCUGCCGCCCCUCUCACCUGCCGCCCCUCUCACCUGCCGCCCCUCUCACCUGCCGCCCCUCUCACCUGCCGCCCCUCUCACCUGCCGCCCCUCUCACCUGCCGCCCCUCUCACCUGCCGCCCCUCUCACCUGCCGCCCCUCUCACCUGCCGCCCCUCUCACCUGCCGCCCCUCUCAGCUGCCGCCCCUCUCACCUGCCGCCCCUCUCACCUGCCGCCCCUCUCACCUGCCGCCCCUCUCAACUGCCGCCCCUCUCAGCUGCCGCCCCUCUCACCUGCCGCCCCUCUCACCUGCCGCCCCUCUCACCUGCCGCCCCUCUCACCUGCCGCCCCUCUCACCUGCCGCCCCUCUCACCUGCCGCCCCUCUCACCUGCCGCCCCUCUCACCUGCCGCCCCUCUCACCUGCCGCCCCUCUCACCUGCCGCCCCUCUCACCUGCCGCCCCUCUCACCUGCCGCCCCUCUCACCUGCCGCCCCUCUCACCUGCCGCCCCUCUCACCUGCCGCCCCUCUCAGCUGCCGCCCCUCUCAGCUGCCGCCCCUCUCAGCUGCCGCCCCUCUCACCUGCCGCCCCUCUCAGCUGCCGCCCCUCUCACCUGCCGCCCCUCUCACCUGCCGCCCCUCUCACCUGCCGCCCCUCUCACCUGCCGCCCCUCUCACCUGCCGCCCCUCUCACCUGCCGCCCCUCUCACCUGCCGCCCCUCACCUGCCGCCCCUCUCAGCUGCCGCCCCUCUCAGCUGCCGCCCCUCUCAGCUGCCGCCCCUCUCAGCUGCCGCCCCUCUCAGCUGCCGCCCCUCUCACCUGCCGCCCCUCUCAGCUGCCGCCCCUCUCAGCUGCCGCCCCUCUCAGCUGCCGCCCCUCUCAGCUGCCGCCCCUCUCAGCUGCCGCCCCUCUCAGCUGCCGCCCCUCUCAGCUGCCGCCCCUCUCACCUGCCGCCCCUCUCACCUGCCGCCCCUCUCACCUGCCGCCCCUCUCACCUGCCGCCCCUCUCACCUGCCGCCCCUCUCACCUGCCGCCCCUCUCACCUGCCGCCCCUCUCACCUGCCGCCCCUCUCACCUGCCGCCCCUCUCACCUGCCGCCCCUCUCACCUGCCGCCCCUCUCACCUGCCGCCCCUCUCACCUGCCGCCCCUCUCACCUGCCGCCCCUCUCACCUGCCGCCCCUCUCACCUGCCGCCCCUCUCACCUGCCGCCCCUCUCACCUGCCGCCCCUCUCACCUGCCGCCCCUCUCACCUGCCGCCCCUCUCACCUGCCGCCCCUCUCACCUGCCGCCCCUCUCACCUGCCGCCCCUCUCACCUGCCGCCCCUCUCACCUGCCGCCCCUCUCACCUGCCGCCCCUCUCACCUGCCGCCCCUCUCACCUGCCGCCCCUCUCACCUGCCGCCCCUCUCACCUGCCGCCCCUCUCACCUGCCGCCCCUCUCACCUGCCGCCCCUCUCACCUGCCGCCCCUCUCACCUGCCGCCCCUCUCACCUGCCGCCCCUCUCACCUGCCGCCCCUCUCACCUGCCGCCCCUCUCACCUGCCGCCCCUCUCACCUGCCGCCCCUCUCACCUGCCGCCCCUCUCACCUGCCGCCCCUCUCACCUGCCGCCCCUCUCACCUGCCGCCCCUCUCACCUGCCGCCCCUCUCACCUGCCGCCCCUCUCACCUGCCGCCCCUCUCACCUGCCGCCCCUCUCACCUGCCGCCCCUCUCACCUGCCGCCCCUCUCACCUGCCGCCCCUCUCACCUGCCGCCCCUCUCACCUGCCGCCCCUCUCACCUGCCGCCCCUCUCAACUGCCGCCCCUCUCAGCUGCCGCCCCUCUCACCUGCCGCCCCUCUCAACUGCCGCCCCUCUCAGCUGCCGCCCCUCUCACCUGCCGCCCCUCUCACCUGCCGCCCCUCUCACCUGCCGCCCCUCUCACCUGCCGCCCCUCUCACCUGCCGCCCCUCUCACCUGCCGCCCCUCUCACCUGCCGCCCCUCUCAGCUGCCGCCCCUCUCAGCUGCCGCCCCUCUCACCUGCCGCCCCUCUCACCUGCCGCCCCUCUCACCUGCCGCCCCUCUCACCUGCCGCCCCUCUCACCUGCCGCCCCUCUCACCUGCCGCCCCUCUCACCUGCCGCCCCUCUCACCUGCCGCCAACUGCCGCCCCUCUCAGCUGCCGCCCCUCUCACCUGCCGCCCCUCUCAGCUGCCGCCCCUCUCAGCUGCCGCCCCUCUCACCUGCCGCCCCUCUCACCUGCCGCCCCUCUCAGCUGCCGCCCCUCUCAACUGCCACCCCUCUCACCUGCCGCCCCUCUCAGCUGCCGCCCCUCUCAACUGCCACCCCUCUCAGCUGCCGCCCCUCUCAACUGCCACCCCUCUCAGCUGCCGCCCCUCUCAACUGCCACCCCUCUCAGCUGCCGCCCCUAUCAGCUGCCGCCCCACUCAGCCUGGGCCAGGCGUGCCAGGUAGCACGCGGCUCACCUGGGUGCGACGAGCAGUGCGGCUUAUGUGCAAUCAGCACGUGGAGUGCGCCUCACCUGGGUGCGCCUCGCCUCACCUGGGUGCGAGCGGCCUCGCGGCUGGCCCCCAGCAUCAUGCCGGCAACGAUGCCAGCGGUGGUCGUCUGCCCCCACUGCUGCGCCGCCAAGGGGGGCACCCACGCCUGCCAGAGGGGCGCGACAGACAGGUGGCGGCGCACGGGAGUGGCGGCGCACUGGAGUGGCGGCGCACGGGAGUGGCGGCGCACGGGAGUGGCGGCGCACUGGAGUGGCGGCGCACUGGAGUGGCGGCGCACGGGAGUGGCGGCGCAUGGGAGUGGCGGCGCAUGGGAGUGGCGGCGCACGGGAGUGGCGGCGCAUGGGAGUGGCGGCGCACGGGAGUGGGGGCGCAUGGGAGUGGCGGCGCACGGGAGUGGGGGCGCAUAGGAGUGGCGGCGCACGGGAGUGGGGGCGCAUGGGAGUGGCGGCGCACGGGACUGGCGGCGCAUGGGAGUGAGGAGGAGGCGAGCGGCGUGGGCACGCAAGGGGUGAGGGAGUGUGCAAGCUUCUCAUUCGCUGGCACACUCAGCACAGCAGCGGCGCUCGCGCUCUUGCCCCGCGCGCCGGCCGCACCUCUCACGCGCGCCGCUCGGCUGCUCGCUCUGGUCCCCGCUGCUGCUCCCGUUCGCUUUCUUCCGCUCAUUUUUCGCGGCCCCUCUCCCUCCAUCUUUCUCGCUCACACGCUUCCCCCGCGCACCUCUCGCUCAGCGGGCGGAACAAAUCGUCCGCCCUCCUCCUCCUUUGCGCCCAUGCCUCCGCCGCUAUGCCUUCAUUCCAAAAAGUGUGAGGUCGAGGUAAUUGAAAUUUCACAGUACGCGAUGUAG